CUCGGAGCUUAUCUUCAUACAUAACAGCUGUCCUUACCUGAACCUGCCCUGUGUACUUUAUCAUACCUUACAUAUCGAUAGCUCGCUCGCGGUUCUCCAACUCUACACUCUACCCGCGUUCAUCUCAGUACCCCUCUUUGUUCGCUAUCCUUUGACAUACGGAGACUAAACGGAGCGAAACGAAACAGGCGUCAAAAAAAAAGGAAUGUCCCAAACAUUCAACACCAAGUCGCCCACAAUUAAGCGAAUACUCCGGGAAGCCGAAGAACUCUCCAAAAACCCAGCGGAAGAUUAUCACGCGGCGCCGCUCGACGAAAAUCUCUUUGAAUGGCAUUUUACCCUGCGCGGGCCGCCCGGCACCCCGUACGCGGAGGGCAUCUACCACGGGCGCAUAACCCUCCCACCACACUACCCCCUCCGCCCACCCAGUUUCCGCUUCAUGACGCCGAGCGGGCGCUUCGAGAUGAACCGCGAGAUAUGUCUCUCGAUUUCCGGGCAUCAUGAGGAUACUUGGCAGCCAGCAUGGGGGGUGCGUACGGCGGUUGUGGCGCUGAGGGGGUUCAUGGAGACUGAGGUGAAGGGACAGGUUGGCGGGAUUGAGUGCGAUGACGAGACCAGGCGUGGAAUUGCGAAGGAGACAGGGGAGUGGAGGUGUGGUGCGUGUGGUGGGAGAAGUAAUGGCGAGAUAUUGGAGGGGUGUAGGAUUCUGGCCGAGGAGAUGGGGAAGGGGAAGCAGGUGGGGGAGGGAGGGGCAGAGGGGAGUGUAGAGGGGAUUAAGAUUGGGUAUAGGGAUGAAGCAUCGAAGGCGCAAGGAGGUGGUGCUACUAUUGCUGAGUCGAGUUCUGUCACUGCGGGGGAGCUGGAUACCUCUACCGCGCACCAACCAACGACGCUACCAAACCCCCAUCCCCACCAACACUCCCGGCCAUCCCUUCUCCCCAUGCUGCAACCGCAACUGCAACUGCAACUACCACUACGAGCGCCGGCACAAGAAACCCAAACCCCCUGGCUAGACAAACUAAUCCUAGCCCUAAUCGCCGUCCUAAUCGCACACGUUAUUAAGAAGAUUGCGUCGCACCUUUGAGCCUUCCCCAGUUCCUUUAUUUCUUUUAUAUGUUCCCCUGGAGGAGUGGGCUGGAUAUGCCAUGGAUGGAUCUCUUUAAGCUUGCUUCACUUGGUUUAUUUGUUCACUUGGUUUUUCCAAAAAAAAAAAAAAAAAAAGGGAAAAAGUGGGGGUAUAUCAGGUGCAUCGUGAGAUAUUUUGACGAAAUAAGUUGUCUUUUUAUUUAUAUCCUGGGAAUUUACACGAUUUUGGUUUC